UUCGCGUCUCGACAACGAAGGUGUGAACCCCAACUGGCUGUUUUGGCGCGCAGACCAAGGCUGCAUCGCAAGCUGCUGCCGGUAGCCCUGUUUUCUUCCAGAAGGCUUCAAGUCUACCAACCAAAUGUAGACACGGGCUGCAACUCGCGAGUACGUACCGGCCAGUGCCAAAUGGUCCCCAAAGCCGGCUGCAACGGGUAGAUCUUGCAGACAGAAAAUGGAGCCGUUAGCACUGCCUUCAUCGUGCCCUGCUCGGCGAUUUCUGAGAAGACAGUGGGCACAUCAUGGCACACCUAUAGCAGGCAAGCAACCAUGUGCAUACAGAGGGACUCCAAGUAAGACAACCUUCUGUUGGUUUGGCAGGAAGAAUGCCUUCGGAACUUUUGAGAAGGGAGCGCAAGCAGAGUCCAGAGCCACAAGCGCUGUAGUCAUCCUUGCUCAUCACGUCGCUUUGGACGGUCCGAAACCAUUUUCUGUGGAGAAUGGCGGAUCCAGCUCACAUGCAACUAUAUGUGGAACGGUUAAGAUAGCAUUGGCAUAGUCAGUUGUAGUUUUGAUGAUUAGCACCUCUGCAUUUGCUGCGAGCCUGCAAUUCAAUUUAGACAAGUGAAGGCGUGCUUAUGCUUCCAGAACAAGCUCUGAAAUUGACAGCUGCGCCAUAUCAGAUAUUGCAGAAGAGAAAGAGUUGUGAGCUUUCAUACGCGGUUGCAGCAUGUAAAUCGAACCACGGCACGACGGUUGAAGCUGUAGAUGCUCCAGAGCCACUUUCUCGGAGAAACCAGUUCACACUUGCUGCAGGCAGUCGACCGAAUGUACGCGCUAACUCAGAGGUUGGAUUUAGUGGCGACACGGCAAUUUUGCAGGUGCUGGACAGAACAGCAUGGCUUGCCAACCAAGCCAGGCGAGUAUGGACCGGCUUGCCUGUCACUUCUGUAAAGCUCCUCCCAAUCUACACAGCUAGAGUGCGGAGAUUUCACACGAGCAAUGCAUUUGGAAUGCUUGAGAAGACUAUACAUAGAGUCUAGAGAGUCU